ACUGACACGCCCUUCUCUGUUGUCCCGGCCAUGGAGCCCAAGACCUGCGGAAGUCUACUCUAGUAAACCAGUAAUAAUAACGGUGUCGUGCGGGAUGUGUGCAUUGUACGACUCCUGUCUCAGUGGUGUGAACAUACCGAAGUGUUGGUCGACAGUUUGCGUCUUGAUUCAUUUUAUAAACUGGUCCCAACACGGUUAACACUGGACUCUCGUGGGUCUCGUGUUUUGAAACGCGGUAGAUGAUGAUACUGUUGUUGUUGUUGCUGGGUGCCUUUGUUUGUACGGGCUUUUUAUUUGACAAAGGUCAUGGGGAGUAUGGAGCCACACACCACAUUUGGAUGAGCAAAAAGCCGGACUUUGUUGAAUUCAGCCCCAAGUACAACUCAAACGUGACGACCUUGUGGAAAAGGGGUGAUCGUGUAGUCACAUUUGACAGAAAGUAUAUAAUGACGGUCGCUUACUUUACGAUAUAUCGUUUAACUCAGAAAGACAGUGGUCGCUACAUAAUGAGAGACACAGAUCUGAAGGAACUGUCCUCCUACACUCUUGAAGUAACAGCAAGAACAAGGGCCUCUAGAGAGAAACCUGGUGGCAGCGUCCGCGUAACUUUUGAUCUGGAGCCAAACUCCUGCAACAUUUACUUCUUCCCAGAAAACGUCCGUCAGCCGAGAAAUUUGAAUGGGAUUGUUCGUCAGGGCCGGCUGCAGGGGGGUUUGGAUGAAUUGGAUUGCGUAGGGUUUGGUCAGUUAGAGCCAUGUGGGAUUUCAAAUAAGGCCCUCCAGAUGUCCUGCAACGGACGCUAUGAAAUCAGAGAUGAGAAUAACAACACAGCCUUAGUGGUGUCCCUGGAAAUGGAGAAAAUCACAAGGACCAUUGAACAUAAACCUGGUGAAAACUUCAACUUCAAUCUCAAUCUGGAACAAAAAUAUUGCAACAUUUACUUCUUCCCAGAAAGUGACCGUCAGUCGAGAGGUUCGGUGAUUAACAUAGUUCAUCAGGGCAGGCUGGAGGAGCGUUUGGAUGAACUUGAUUGCACAGGGUUUUAUCUGUUAAAUCCAUGUGGGAUUGCAAAUGACGACCUCCAGAUCUCCUGCUCCGGACGCUAUGAGAUCAGAGAUCAGAAUGACAACACAGCCUCAGUGGUCUCACUGGAAAUGGAGCAACUACCUUAUGAGCCUUCUCAUAUUGGUAUCGGGUUUGGUGUUUUCCUCGCCACAUUGUUCUGCUCUUGCGUGAAGUUCUGCUGCUGUGGGAAGAGCACCUCCAAAGAGGACAGAACCGAGACUGCUGCCGCUGACCCAGAUGCUCAAUACCAAGAGUAUGACAACGAGCCUGAUGGAGCGAGGUCGGACCAACUCAUUCAGCCCUCUGGGGUACAGCACCCCGCUCAGCCUUCUGUUACGCCGGCUGGCCCGCUGGUACACGAUUAUCCUUCUGUGAGUUUGCCACCAGUUUAUUCUGAGAUAUUUUCUUCUCCAGUCGAGCAGCCAGACGCUCCAUCUGUCCCUGUCUACUCUGACCCUGAGCCAAAGUUUGAAAUGAAGGGGGUGACCUUUCCCUCUGCUCCCCCCCUCAGUUCAGACUCAACUUACUGUGAUGUUUAUACCUCAGAAAAACUCAACUUUCUCUGAGAGCCUUGAUUUCUAAAGAUACACUCACUCCUUAGUGGGACAUUAAAGGAAUAGUUUGACAUUUGGAUAUUCACCAGUGGCUGGCUUUUAAUGUAUUAAACCAGGGGAAGGCAACCUUAGCAUAACCAAUUUGACACUGGCAGAAAGUGUAUAAUAUAUAUAUAUAUAUGUGUCCUUAUAUCCGCAUGCUAAAUCACCUUUCACUAACAUUGGCAUUUGCGAAGCCUGUUAUUUUCGGUAGUUUUGAUCAUAUUUUUCCCCAAACUGCAUUCCCAAACCCGCCCUCCUCUGCCUCUGAUUGGCCAGGACUUGUUGCCUUUUUUUGCAGAAUUUGUUAGCUUUAUAUCUGAUGAACAAGAUUGGUGGAAGGUUACUAUAGUAAAGGAUUUCAACUCAGGUGUGAAUGUUUUCAUAACGAUAGCGGCCUUGUGAAGUGCUCUUAUAUCACAAUGUCUUGAUAAUGGGAGAAAAAUGUUUUCUGAAAAUGUUGCUAUGCACGUUCAUUUUUAUGAUCCUUUUGGACAUUUCAAUGUGGUGUUAUGAGUAAACCUUGUUAAUCUAAAUGUUGAUAUGGUUCACUGAUACACAAGAAAAUCUAUACAUUGCACUUAUUAAGCCAAAUAUUACCGACACUCAAAUCAAAGAAACAAGAUAUAACAUCUUAAUUAGUGAGCUUCAGACAUGCUGGUCGCUGAAUGUCAUUUGCACACUAGCAGUUUCCCUGUUUCUAGUGUUUGUUCUGUAAAUUGAGAGAGCCUGCAUUGUUAACAAUAAUUUCCUACCUCAUGAGUCUCACUUUGAGAGCUCACUAUAUUGUCACAGUAGGAUAUUGAGUGAAUAGCGGCUUCCUUUCUGCCUCCUUCAGGGACACAUGAUUUAUUGCACACCAGCUUGACUGUGAGCAUUUUUAGGAAGGACUCAAACAUAAAGUAGUCCUAUCUUUCUAAAGUUUUCUGUAUUUAAAACAAGUCUUUAUUGCACUUGAGUUACUUGCAAAUUUGCUUGCCGUUCUCUGGGAAUAAAUUCAGCUUGCAGCUGAAGUUCAGUUAAAAACUUGUAAUAUGUAAUGCUUACAUUGUAGUUUCGUGUGGAUUCUGCAUAAAAGUUCACUUCAAAUGAGUUUUAGAUGUUAAUUAAUAUUGAUACAAAGUUACUGUAUUAAAAUUGAUCAGGUGAGUCACACAAACAUAUCUAUAUGUGUUGAAGUUAUAUUGUAUGGAUUGUUUGAUAAAUAUAAAAAUAAUAAAAAGACCCAGUUGCCUUUUCCAUGGCAUAAAAACAACUGUGCACUGCAUGUACUGUAUGUCAACAUUGUACCGUAAGCGCAUUGCUUUAAAAGUCCAAAUUAAUAUAAAUAAAUAUAUUUGGGACUUUUACACACACACACACACACAAUUAAAUGUACAGCUGCAAUGUGCUACUUUUCAUGACUCAAUGUGUCAGUCACCCUCACAUGUGCACUAAACAACUCUACAGCCAUAUUUUGAGCUUUAUUCUUUUUUUAUUUAUUUGUGUGUUUUCUAAUGCCUGCCAUGGUUUAAAUAUGUAUAUACAUGUACAUGUGAUUUUAUUCAAGUACUAACAUGAACAUAAACAUGUAUGUAUGACCAGACAAGUAAUCCAUUUGUGCAUGUAUCGUUGUUUAUUUGUAUUUUCUGUCAGGUGCAUUAAAUCUAAUAACACUCAA